GAAAAGAAGACACCCACACCUUGCUUCACCAAAGAAUCUGGUGUCCAACCUCCAUGUGUCUCACCCUGAUGCCUCCUGUGACCCAUGUUGCAUGCCUUUUCUGAAACACACCAGACUUGCCCAGCUGGGCUCAGAUGGGCCCUGGGAGUCUCGGCCUCCAGCGAUCCGCCAACUAUCUUGGACAAUCCGAGUCCACGGACAUUUGGGUGAAUUGGCGGUGAAGGCGAACGCGCUUUUGGUCUCAGCGAGUGCCCUUGCAAGCUGCCAGCAGCUGCACGAUGCCUUGCGUUCUGCGGAGAUGUCCCAAGCGAUCUACCGCGACCUAGGCCAUGCAGAGGGCCUCGGUGAUGCGGAACGUUUCGUGGGCGUCGUGAAGGAAGCACUGCAGG